AUGGUCGAGAUCGUCAACGACGCCCCAUUUUGGGCAGAUGGCGCUUUUCACGGGAUUAUUCGCAACUCGAGAUGUGGCCGACCACUGUUCUCGAAUAUGCCUCAAGCAGUCAGUACUGAUGUACAUAUGAACACAACUUCACCCCUCCAGCAGGCCUGGAUAGUGCAGAAGGAAGGCAGUGCAAAGUUGGUGGGCGCACCCCAAUCUCUAGCCGUCAGUUGUAUGCAUGAAUGGCUUCUUCGACAUGCAGGACAUGUCACUGUCUGUUUACAGCAUGUGGCUGUGUCCCGAGCAGAGCCUGGAAGAGACCUGAAGGGCUAUUGGAAGCGUCAGGUGGAGGCGGGCACUCACACACUGGCCAUGUGUGUCGUUCAGGUGACUGGCAGCUGA